UGAUACGAUACAGAAUUAUACACAUACAGACACACUAAUACACACACUGUGAUCAAAUGGGCUCGCAAAUCCUGAAAAUCUCGCCAUUUGGAGCUUCUGCAACAUCCAUUAUCAACUCCGCCACCCUCUCAACACCUCGAUCAGCCCCAAUAAUCCACAUCGGCGAAGCCCGCCGCCGUGAAUCUAGAAACCCCUUUAGAAUCAGUGUGUCGAGUGGGUUUUGUCGAUUGUCCCUAAAUCGGAGCAGUAAAAGCUUCAGAAGUGGGGUGGUGGCCAUGGCGGCGGCGACUGGGUCGGCGGCGCAGAAGUCGGAGGAGGAGUGGCGUGCAAUUCUGUCACCGGAGCAGUUCUAUAUCCUAAGGCAGAAGGGUACCGAGUAUCCCGGCACCGGAGAAUACAACAAGUUCAACGAAGAUGGUGUAUACAAAUGUGCAGGAUGUGGGACCCCCCUUUACAAGUCAACUACUAAAUUCAACUCCGGUUGCGGUUGGCCAGCUUUCUACGAGGGUCUCCCUGGAGCAAUUAAUCGAACAGCUGAUCCGGAUGGAAGCAGGAUCGAGAUAACGUGUGCAGCUUGUGGGGGCCACCUCGGUCAUGUAUUUAAAGGGGAAGGUUUUCCUACACCGACAAACGAACGCCACUGUGUUAAUAGUGUGUCGCUGAAAUUUACCCCGGCAAAUUCGGAUUCUUCGCUAUGAAGGAAAAUAGAUGGUAAGGGUUCGUCUACGAAUGUUUAUGAUUGUGGCUGCGUUGUAUGUUGCGUAAUUACGACAGUUUUAUACGAUUGGAAUCGUAUUUGUAUGCAUAGUUGCUUCUGUGAGUGAGGUGCAUUAGUAUAUCUCCCUUUUGUUUACUUGAU